GUCUCUCCCGCCUACGUUGGAUUCUUUGUGUGCUUUGAAUAAACAAGGGAUAAUUUUGAUUGGCGCAGUGCUUCUGUUUUAAUCACAAUUCGAUAAUAUUUUUUCAUUGAAUUUUGCCACCAACCACAACGGAAGAUGCAUCUGUGUUUGGUGAUGAGCUUGUUGCUGGUCUUGUCAGCUGAGGCAGCUGUCAGUCAUCGGCAUGUGGGCCAGCGUGAACGUGAGGAGGAUGGUGCCUUCAGUCCACGGAACAAGUACCACCUGGAUGGGGACGACCAUGAUGACCAGUUUGACCAUGAGGCCAUUCUAGGGAGUCACAAGGAAGCUGAGGAGUUUGACGACCUGGAGCCAGAAGAAGCCAAGGAGCGGCUGGGACAGCUACUGCUGAAGAUGGACAAGGAUGGCGACAAGAAGAUCAGCAGGGAUGAGCUGAAAAAGUGGAUACUGCGCUCUUUCAAGAUGCUGUCGGAGGAGGAGUCUGCCGAACGGUGGGAUGAGGUGAAUGAGGACGGCGACGACCACAUCACCUGGAAGGAGUACGUGGCCGAGACGUACGGCGCCAAAGACGACGAGGACGAUGACGACGUGCUCAGCGCCGCCGACAAGGCGGAGGAGGACAAGCUGAUGAGCGAGGACCGCAACCUGUUCAAAGCGGCCGACAGGAACGGUGACGGCGUGCUGCAGCGCUCCGAGUUCCUGUCGUUCUCGCACCCGGAGGAGGACCCCGCCAUGAUCCCCGUAGUGGUGGACCACACGCUCGAGGAGAAGGACAAGGACAAGGAUGGCUUCAUCAACUUCCAGGAGUUUGUCGGCGAUCAGGCCAAGGACAAGGACCAGGCGUGGCUGGACUCAGAGAAGGACAAGUUCGACAAUGAUUACGACAAGGAUCGGGACGGCCGCCUCAACAGGGACGAGAUUCUCGGAUGGGUGCUGCCCAGUAACAAUGAGAUCGCGGACGACGAGGUGGACCACCUGUUCUCCUCUGCCGACGACGACAUGGACGAGCAGCUGUCGUUCGAAGAGGUGCUCGACCACCACGACGUGUUCGUGGGCAGCGAAGCGACUGAUUACGGAGAGCACCUGACCAACCUGCACCGCUUCGACGACGAGCUAUGACGGGCCUCGGGUGACCCGGCGGACUGAGCGGCCGUGUGAGAUACGCAUCGGGCGGUGAGAGCGGUGAGACGGGAGAGAGAGGGAUGGUGUUGAGGUGGAGCGGGUGGUGGGAGGAUGCAGAGCACCGGAGUCGGUCGUGUGAGGACGAAGAUGAAGGUUGGGUGUGUUGGAUUUGAGACUGAUAACGGAUGAGUAUGGUGAGAUGAGCCACCGUGAGCUGUCAUGGUGAGCCACGCGAGUCAGGGUAUCUCGAGUCGACUCACAUUAGGCAUGUCCGGUCGGAGCUCGCCGUGAGCUGACUCACACCCUCUGCUGGAGCUAGCUGUGAGCUGAAUUGCGCACAGUAUGCCAGAGCUAGCUGUGAGCUGACUUGCGCACAGUAUACCAGAGCUAGCUGUGAGCUGACGCGCACAGUAUGCCAGAGCUAGCUGUGAGCUCGCUCACCGUAUGCCAGAGCUAGCUGUGAGCUGACUUGCGCACAGCAUGCCAGAGCUAGCUGUGAGCUCACUCACAGUAUGCUAGAGCUAGCUGUGAGCUGACUUGCGCACAGUAUGCCAGAGCUAGCUGUGAGCUCACUCACCGUAUGCCAGAGCUAGCUGUGAGCUGACUUGCGCACAGUAUGCCAGAGCUAGCUGUAAGCUGACUCACCAUAUGCUAGGGCUAGCUGUGAGCUGGUUCGCGCCCGGCGACUACCCAGCUGUGCUGAGGCCAGGUUCAGAGGUGCCAUGCAGGGACCGGGAAGGUACUCACCGACUAGCCUCGCGAGGCCCGGUUAGACAGCCGGCCUCUGUCGACGUCCUGCGCUCUGUUAGUGUCACACCAACAGGCGUUUGUGGUGGUUCGGUUUGGACCCGCCGGGCCCUCCGCGUCACCUGCUGCCCUUCCCGCUAGUAGCCGCUAAACUCAGACGGAUUGUGUAGUUAAUGUGUGUGUGCCUAACGCCUGCCACUUGGAGCGAUGGUCCCCGUCGCUGGUGUAUUCUAUCCAAGACCGCUUCAUGUCUGGAUUAGGGAACGAAGGUCUAAUCAGUCGCAGUUGUAUGAUAUGCCUCCAGACUGGACUGUUUUAUCGCAAACCGCGCAUGCAUUACUGCGGCAAUGCAAUUAGGAUAGUAGUGACUAAAUGUUUAAUGGAAGGUUAUAAUUUCUACUUAAUUGGCGGAUUAUACGUUUGCGUGGCUCUUUUCCUUUUAUGAAGAUUCUUUUGAGAUUAUAUGUCGGCAGUGUUUUUCAUCUAUUAUUUAAAACUGCCCAAAUUUACUCAGCCGUAAGCUCCUUCAUCUCACAGAAAAUUAGGCGUCAACUGGGCAUUUUCAAUCGUGCUCAAGGGUCGGAGCCAGCGUCUGAUUGCAACUUAUCUAUGCCUUUUUUGCCAGUCCCUUUCACUGCUGGUAUAUGUCUGACAAGAUGAGCUUUAUCGUGUUUUAUUAUUUCUUGGUUGUUUUGCGCUGGCAAAUGCAGUGGACAUUUACACAGCAAUGAUGCUAUUUUACGUUGUGAGUUUCAUUAUAUUUACGCUGCAUAAAACCCUAGUCUUGUUUUCUCAAAUACAUUGGUAUAAUAAUGACA